CCUCGCCCACUUCUCUCGCCUCGUCGCCUUCCCAUAGGGUGCAAUAUUGGUCAUUGGACAAAAGCAUCAUAAUCCGCAGACCGCUGCAAUGCGUCCAGCGCAGUGGAACCCGGCCAAAGUGCGCCUUAUGAUGGCGCUGUUGAUGUUCAAGCCGUCCACGACCUCUUUCUUCCUUCUUCACCGUCCACAAUAGCCUACUGCCCCUGCAAUCCACCGUUCCCUGUCCCUUUCAGAUCCAUGGCUCAGCCCGGCCAACACUCGAGCCAUGGUAAAGGAAGCAAAGAAGGCCCUCGAGCUGCCCAAGCAGCAGCUACUCAUCCUGGCACUAUGUCGCAUCGCUGAGCCUGUUGCCAUGACCUCGGUCUAUCCGUACAUUCCUGAGAUGAUCCAGUCCUUCCAUGUUCAAGACGACAAAAUUGCAAAAUGGGCCGGUCUCAUGUCCGCCACUUUCUCCCUCUCCCAAUGUCUCACUGGCAUUGCCUGGGGCAGAGCAUCCGAUCGUUUCGGCCGCAAGCCCAUCAUCCUCCUCGCCUUGACUUGCACCAUGGUCUCGAGUAUCUUGUUCGGCUUUUCCAAGAGUCUGAUGUGGGCAUUCGUAGCACGGUCAUUACAAGGAUUGUCAAAUGGGAACGUGGGCAUCAUACGAACCGCAGUUGCAGAACUCGUUCCCCAAAGAGAACUACAGCCUCGUGCUUUCAGCGUAAUGCCGUUGGUCUGGAAUAUUGGCAGCAUAUUCGGUCCCUCCUUUGGUGGUUCCCUGGUCCAUCCCGUGGAACGAUAUCCAGAAGUCUUUGGACGAAUCAAGUUCCUCAAGGAAUACCCUUUUGCACUUCCCAAUCUCCUCAUCAGCCUGCUGUUUCUCUUCGGCAUCUCAGCUGGGUAUCUGUAUUUGCAUGAGACUCUGGAAGAGAAGAAAUCUCGCCGAGACUACGGCCUUUUGCUGGGCAAGCUGCUUGUGGCUCCGUGCUCCCAAAAACGGCGGCCGAGAGCAUGGUCAACGAAUGAGGAGGAGGAUCCAUUCCUGUCUGGAACAUCAAGCGAAAUGUCCACACCCGUUGCACACCAGGGUAAACAGUUUCCCAAGAAGAAGCCUGGCUGGGCCGAGGUCUUUUCUAGACAAUCAAAUAUCAACUUGGCCGUGUACACCUUUCUGGCCAUGCAUUCGGUAGCAUUCGAUCAGUUGCUGCCGAUUUUCAUGCAUUAUCCGGCACAAUCAAGGCGAGAUCCGCGGGUGCAUCUCCCAUUCAAGUUUGCUGGUGGAUUUGGGAUCGAUUCAAACAGAAUCGGAUUACUCUUCACCAUAUAUGGUGUCUUUGGCAUGCUUAUCCAAUUCUUCAUUUUCCCAACGUUUGCAAGGAAGUAUGGCGUGCUCAAUUGCCUCAAAGCCUGUACCUUGACCUUUCCCGUGGUCUAUAUUGCAACCCCUUUCACGGCACUAUUAGAGACUGGUCCAUUGAGGCAGGGGGUCAUGAUGGCGCUGAUGCUGGUCAAGGGGUUCGCCGGCAUUUUUGCAUUUCCCUGCUCCACCAUCCUGCUCACAAAUAGCGCUGCGAGUCUAAACAUCCUAGGCACCUUGAACGGCGUUGCCACAAGUAUCUCGGCUAUAGGUAGAGCUGCUGGUCCUGCACUUGCUGGUGCCACCUUCACCGCUGGAGUUGAUAUUGGAUAUGUGGUCAUUUCUUGGUGGACUUUGGCUUGCAUUGCUCUCGUUGGAGCUGUGCCCGUCUGGAUGCUUGUCGAGAUGGAGGGCUUCGGUAGCAGUCACGAUGACGAAGAGGACGAAGAAGAAGACGAAGAUGAGGAUGAAGAAGAAAGGGUGGAUGGUACCGGCAAUAUCAGACCGGCGAGUUCGGGUGCGAAAGCUUCUGGCAUAUCAGCAGUCGACGCUCAUGCAAGAAAGUCUUCAUUGACCGGAUCCUUUGCUGACGUAUUCGAGGAUGAGGACGCAUCAUCAGACACCAGACUGCUCACACCUACUCCGUCCAGGAGAGGACAAUACGAAUCUCGCCGUCACAGCCUUCAUUUGCAACGCGUUGCAAGCCCGAUAGGUCUGGGACCGGGCAUUAUUCCCACGGGGGCACGGAGGUAUAGCAGUGAUCUGGGAGCGACAAGGAGUGGCUUGGGUGUUGGUGGAACGAGCUAUUACUGAGAGUGAAGGGCUCUUACUUCUGUGGUACUGAGCUUGCAUGCAACAUAGAUGAUAUUCAACUUGUGUCGGG